AUGGAGAAGACACCUAGAGGACACCGCCUAUGGCCGCCACCUACGGCCACCCUCCUGGUUCUUUUCUACCUCUUUGUUGCUACCUUUGCUGCCUUUACCCCACCUGAUAAUUACCUUUUCGAUUGUGGUGCAUCGUCCUCCACCACCCCCUCGAAUGAUCGCAUUUUUGUGAGUGAUUCAGAUGCAAGAAAAUAUUUAGCCUAUAAAGGAAAAGACAUUCAAGUUUCUAUACCAUCUGCCAAUGUACCUUCACCCAUUUAUCUUUCAGCAAAAAUCUUUGAAAAGGAAUCCGCGGUUUAUACCUUCCAUGUUACUCAGCCGGGUUGGCAUUGGAUUCGCCUACAUUUCUUCCCGGUGCAGAACACUAAUCAUGAUUUGCAGAAUGCCAUGUUUAAGGUUAAGACAGAUGAAUUUGUCCUUGUACAAGAAUUCAAGAACAAUGAAAACCCGAAAUGGACUUUUGAAGAGUACCUUGUUAAUGUAACAACAGAGAGGUUUUCAAUUAUAUUUGAGCCGGAUGCUGAUAGUUUUGCUUUCAUUAAUGCCAUUGAGUUUGUUUCAGCCCCUGAUAUGCUGAUUCAAGAUUCUGGUUCAAUGCUUUUCCCUAAAGGAGAUUAUUCCGGUUUAAGCAAUAAUGCGUUCCAAACCAUAUAUAGGCUUAAUGUGGGGGGACCGAUCAUCACCCCGGAAAAUGACACCCUUGGAAGAUCUUGGGAGUCUGACCAUCAGUACCUUGAUCCAGGUGUUACUGCAUCGAAUGUUUCCGUUGCACCAAAUAUAAUUGCAUAUCCAGAGGGCGAAUCACCUUUAAUUGCUCCACCGGUAGUUUACGCAUCAGCCAUUGAAAUGGCAGAUGCCAACGUUCAGGUUCCUAAUUUCAACAUUACAUGGAAAAUGGACAUUGAUACUGCAUUCACUUACCUUGUACGUCUGCAUUUUUGUGACAUUGUGAGCAAAUCUAUGAAUGAUCUCUACUUUAAUGUGUAUAUCAAUGGGAAGGCGGGUGUGACUGGGCUCGACUUGAGUACUCUUACGGGGAGCUUGGCAUCGGCUUACUAUACUGAUAUCGUCGUGAAUUCUUCCAUGGUUACAAGCCUUAGCCCGCUGACUGUUCAGAUUGGUCCAAUGAAUGAAAACACGGGCACGAGAAAUGCGCUCUUGAAUGGUCUUGAGGUUUUCAGGGUGAACAAUUCCGUUGGAAGCCUAGGAGGCGAGUUUGGUGCGGAUGGAAAAACGACCAAUGGUGCGGGGAAAGGCACGGUGGCAGCAGUUGGGUUUGCAAUGAUGUUUGGAGCUUUUGUCGGAUUAGGUGCAAUGGCUGUCAAAUGGCAAAAGAGGCCUCAAGAUUGGCAGAAGACAAAAAGCUUCUCUUCUUGGUUACUUCCUCUCCAUGCAACUGAUUCAAGCUUUGUGUCGAAGUCAUUAGGAAAGGCCGAGGAAGAAAAUCAGACGUCCCCAAAUUCGGCAUCUCCUCCCAUAGUUUCUCCUCCUGCUGCUGCUGGUUUUGCAUCAGAUCAUAGGCCUGCUUCUACAGCUGAUGAGAAUAGGAAUCCAGCUGAAGUUCCAGCCAUUAGUAAUCACUCUGAAACUGCUAUACGUGCAAAUUUUUCUGCUCUCAGUGGCCGAUAA